AAAAGGUUCGAGGUUCGCAUAGUGCGGUGUGAGCUAAUCGUAGUCGGCCUGAUAAUUUUUCAUCGUGCGGUUUUUGCGGUUCAAAUUGUCGAGGCUAGAAAACCGUCCGGCAGUCGGAGAUAUUCCACCAGAAGUGUGGUAACUUUGCUGGAGAUUGUUCGAUAACUCGGCACACACACAAACACACAUACAGCAAGCCGAAAAUGGCAUUUGUCGAUCUGUCCGGGGAUGGCGGAGUCCAGAAGCAGAUUCUGCAGGAGGGAAGUGGCGAUGAGACGCCGUCGAGCGGAUGCACGGUGUCGCUGCAUUACACGGGGACGCUGGACUCGGACGGGAAGCAGUUUGACUCGAGCCGGGACCGGAACGAGCCGUUUGAGUUCAAGCUGGGCCAGGGAUCGGUGAUUAAGGCGUUCGACAUGGGUGUGGCCACGAUGAAGUUGGGCGAAAAGUGCGUGCUGAAGUGCGCCCCGGAUUACGCGUAUGGAGCUUCGGGAAGUCCGCCAAACAUUCCUCCCAAUUCGACGUUGAACUUUGAGCUGGAAAUGUUGGGCUGGAAGGGGGAGGAUUUGAGUCCGGGGUCGGACAAGAGUAUCGAGCGGUUCGUGUUGACACCGGGGGAGGGCAAGAAGACUCCGAACGACGGAGCGCUGGUCAAAAUUCAUCUAGUCGGACGGCACGAGGGACGGAUCUUCGAGGAACGGGACGUGGAGUUUAACCUGGGCGAGGGCGAAGAGGACGGCAUCGUGUCCGGGGUGGAGAUUGCACUGGAAAAGUUCAAAAAGGGCGAAACGGCCAAGCUGAUCGUGAAGCCCAAGUUUGCGUAUGGCGUGGAUGGGAACAAAGAGCUGGGAGUUCCGGCGAACGCCACGCUAGAGUACACGAUCACGAUGAACGAGUUCGAACGGGAACCGGACAGCUGGAAGCUGGACGACGCCGAACGGAUGACACAGGCCAAGCUGUUCAAGGAGAAGGGCACCAACUACUUCAAGGCUAACAAGUUCUCGCUCGCGCUCAAGAUGUACGAAAAGUCCCGGAAUUAUGUGACGAGCUCGGACACGGACGAGUUCAAACAGUUCCAGCUGCUGAUCUACCUGAACAAGGCGCUGUGCUACCAGAAGCUGAACAACCACGACGAAGCGCGCGAUGCGUGCAACGAAGCGCUCAACAUUGACAAGAAGAACGUGAAGGCGCUGUACCGGCGCGGUCAGUCCAGGCUGGCCCUGGGCGACUCGGAGAAGGCCCUCGAGGACUUUGUCGCUGUGCAGGAGCUCGAACCCGAGAACAAGGCUGCCCUCAACCAGGUCACGAUCUGCAAGCAAAAGAUCAAGGCGUACAACGACCAGCAAAAGAAGGUCUUUGCCGGGAUGUUCACCAAGUUUGCCACGAGCGAUAAGCAGCGAGAGGACGAAGAGCUGAGCCGCCAGCCGGACGUGAUGAAGCAGAACUUUGGCGAGUGGCGGGACGACGAGCGCGAGCACGAACCGACCCGCUUCGAGCAGGAGAACCCCGACGUCAUCAUGCUGAACGAGUCGCUGAAGGAUUUUAGAAACAUGUAAAACAACAUGCCAUCUUCUUUCCCCCCACAAACCAACAAACAAAAAACACACAUUUAAGUCUUCAUUCCCCCUUUCUACACUACAACCACACUCACACCCUUUCUAUUUGCUUUGCUUUAAGGCAAGUCUCUCGGUAGAAUUAUACAACGUAAGUGAAAGAGUAAGGAUUGCGCUUUUCGACACAACAAAACAAAAAAAUUAACGAAUUACACUUGAAAUACAAUUGCUAACAAUUGAAUGCUGAAA